CCUUCGAGAUCACGAGCACGCUAUUUUUCAAGCCGUCCGCUUCUUUCAACUGAUCAGUGGUUAAAUGUUCGUCAUCCAGGCGAUUCCAACAUUGUCGAGGUGUUCGCGCCGACAUCCGCGUAUUUUUUCAAACAAUUAAUUUCAUUCGAACGACGAAUUUUUUUAUUUAAUACUACCAAACGUUUCGAGAGUUGAUAUUUUUUUCACAAUAAUAUUUUUCAACUCGAGUUCGUGUUUUGUUGUUGGUUGAUUUUUUUACUGCGUCGUUAUUUUGAAAGUUUUUUUUUACGGUAUACUUAUUCGUGUUCGUGUUGUUUUUAUUGGUAAAAAUGCGAGUGCGUUGUAAGUUUUCGACGAGUUAAUGUGUCAAUAGUAUUAUAGAAAUAGUAAUUUGGUAAUAUCGCGUCGAUAUUGUAUUUUCUAUUCAAUUAUUCAAGAGUGACGCGACUUUGUACCUGAUUCUUUCCACCUGUGGUUUGUUGUGUCGCGACAAUUUGUUCGUAAAAAAAAUCCGAGUCGAGUUGCGGUGUUUUUUUUUCAUUCUACCUUAUACGAAGUGAACCGAAAUUUGUGAAGUGUUCGUUCCAAAGGCGGAAAAAAAAUUUGCGUGAAAAAUUGUGUGAUGUACGAAAGUGUCGUCGAAUUGGCGAAUUCGAUAAAUAGUUUCGGGUCGACUAGCGAUCUUCGGUCGUGGUGUUGGUCGAGAUCUUCGACGUAUGUAAAAAAAAUGCACGAGCAGAAAAAUGGUUUCGAUAAAAAUCGAUGAAAAAUCUCGCCGCGUAUUGUGCGUGGGUUCAUCGAGCGCAUCAUCGGCAAUAUCGAAUAUGCUUUCGGCGUUUUAUGCGAUGGUGCUGACGCUUGGUUUGGUUAGCGUUUCGGUUUCCGGUUCGGAUUUCUGUCCGGGUGUUUGCACGUGUAAAUGGCGCAGCGGUAAGCAGAGUGUCGAGUGUACUGAGAAAAACCUCAUCACUAUACCGGAGGGUAUCGAUACCGAGACCCAGUUGUUGGACAUAUCCGGUAAUAAUUUGCAAAUCCUGGCUAAGGAGACGUUCGUCAAGUUAUCGUUGCUGGAUUUGCAGAAAGUGUAUUUGCGAAAUUGCUCGAUCGGUCAGAUCGACGAUGGCGCUUUGAGCGGAUUGUCGAACGUGGUUGAUUUGGAUCUGUCGAAGAAUCUGAUCACUUCGAUACCGUCGUCGAUUUUCGAAGACGUGCCCAAUUUGAGGAAUAUCUCGCUGGCGAACAAUCCGAUCCAGAAAAUAGACCCUUUGGCGUUCCGAAAUGCUGGCUCGUUGACUAAGCUGGAUCUGUCGCAUUGCCAGAUUAAGACGAUAGCUCCUCGAGCUUUCGAAGGAGUCGAGUACCUCGAGCUGCUCAGACUGAACGAUAAUAAGUUGAGCGAGCUGAGGAUGAAGACGGUGGACUCGUUGAGCGGGCUGCACGGCAUCGAGUUGCACGACAACCCUUGGUACUGUGAUUGUAGUUUACGUAAGUUGAAAAUAUGGCUAGUGGAGAAAAACGUGCCGUAUCCGAUCGAUCCGGUCUGCUUGGGCGGGCCGACUCGCGUGCUCAAUAAAUCCUUCCAUCAACUGCACGCCGACGAUUUCGCCUGCAAGCCGGAGAUCAAGGUGAAGCCCGAGUACCGCUACGUGGACGGGGUAGCCGGAGGGAACGCUUCGAUCGCUUGCAAAGUCGUCUCGAUACCCAGAGCCACCAUCACCUGGCACUGGAACGGUCGAACUUUGGCUAACAACAGUAAUUUCAGCCCUUACCAACGCGUAGUCAUUCUCGAGACCGGAGACGUCGAACGUAAGAGUGUGCUGACCUUGGUCAAUGCCCAAGAAUCCGAUUCUAGUCAAUUCACGUGUAUAGCCGAGAACCAGGCGGGCCGAGCCGAGACCAAUUUCACGCUCAAAGUCAGCCAUCGUCUGAGCGGUUUCGCCAUCUUGAACAGCAGCUACACAGCCGGCAUCAGCGUCGUACUGAUCGUGAUCAUAUUCUCAAUACUGAGCGCCAUCGUCUAUCUUCUGUUCCGUAUCAAGAAGAUGCCUCCGGCUCGUCAAAUCAAACGAUCCAACGACGAGAUCAUCCCGAACGGUACCAUUUGCCAGUCGAACGAUAACAAAACUCUCACCAUCGAGCCAUCGGCCGAGAUCAAAAAAUCCUCAUACGCCAACUCGGUGGUGGUCGGAUCGGCUGCAGGAGGAGGAGGCCAUCACAUCGGAGGAGUCGGAGGUAUAGUCGGUAUCGUACCUUAUUCUCGAACCGAUACGACUCAAACGUUACCACGUCACGGUGAUUUAUCCUAUCGCACUGCCAUGUUCGACGAUUCGGCCUUCAAGUCUGCAGGAGGCGGAGGUGCUGCCUACAACCAGCAGACCUCGAAUCCGGACCUGAUAGCCGAUACCCGCUACCAGGACGGUAUCGAAGCGCAGCACGUAGCCGGAGGUCAAUACACCCGAGCUAACGAUAUCCUCUACCCGUCUAGUCUGUGGAAUCAAAACGAAAUUCAGCAGUUUUUCGCCACCAACAACAAAACUUCCAGCUCGUCCGAUUUCCGCGGUUUCGAUACCAACGACAAAACGCCCAUUAUCGAGGAAGUAUCGUCGUCGUCGUUCUACGACAACAACACCUGCAGCUCGUCAGAUAAGCAGCGUGCACCCAAAGACUGCAACGAGUUCCCGACAACCUCUAGUCCGCCUGAGUCCAGCUCCAUACCUGGCUUCAACAGCUAUCCGCACACCAAUCCGCCCAACGCCAAGACCAUACGCGUGUGGCAGAAAGGCGUCCAAGUGCUGCCCCCGGUUACCACGCUUAAAAGGGUCUUGAUACGAGCAUCGCCCGAUGAAGGUUACCUAGAUGGUUGUGGAACGGACGUAUAAACGAAAUGUAUGUAAAUAUCAUCAUCUCUCUAUAUUCUUUUUCCCCCUCUCUUUUUAUUUCGGUUUUUUUCUCUCUCUUUUUUUUUCGUAAUACGCUAAUUAUUUAUAAACAACGUAAAUCUACCCUACCGUGUGUAUUUUAUCAAUUUUUUUCUCAUCCCCAUCCCCCCCAAGUCGUCGUGUUUAUUUUGUUUUUUGUUUUAUUCUUUUCUCAUUUCUUUCCUUUCAUUUUUUUCUAAUCGUCUAAAAAUUUUGUAUUAUUUUAUUUUAUUAUUUUCGAAUAACGUUUUAUUCGGCAUUUUUUUUUUAUUUUCGUGUUUUUUUUUUUUGUUUAUUGUAUACCUUUUUUUUGUGUCUCUUUAUAGUUUAUUAUGCAUAGAUAUUCGUGUUUUGAAGAGAGAUAAUUUUUAUCAUUAUGUUAUGUUUCGUUUUUUUUUCUUUAUUCAAGGCGUAAUUUUUUUUUCAUCUGUGUUAACGUUAUUCGUCUUCGUAUCUCCCUCUCAUUGAAAAAAAAAAAAUGAGUAAGUACUCGUGGAAAUUAUUUAAAAGAAAAAAAUAUACAUAUAUUAAAAGACGACAUUUUAUCGAUUUUUUUUCGUACCUUUUGCGUUUAUGUCGUAAUUUUUAUUUUUCCUGCUUUUUUUUAUCGUUAUGAAUUUCGUAACAUGUUCGACGUUUUCAAGUUCCUUGAAAAAAUUACGCCUUUAUCAUACGGGUUUUCUUUUUCUUUUCUUUUCUUUUUUUAUUCGUAACAAUUUUUACUUGUAAAUACGAUAUUCGGUAUUUGUUUAACUGAAAAAAUUGUGAUAUAAUUUUGUAUGUCAUUAAACCUUUUAUCAAUGUUUAA